CUCUUGCGCGCGCGCGGACACACACACACACACACACCCGCGCGCGCGUGCACAGAAGCAUCAAGAAGUGAAGGCGGUACUGAAGCUCGUGGCUAUGAUGAGCUUCGGCGUGGUGGUGAUCUCGGCUGGUUUAUUGGGACUGCUCAGUUUUACCCUGCUUGCUGUGGCUGUGGGCACUGAAUACUGGUACAUCAUAGACGCGGAUCAAGUCAUCAACUCCAGCUGGCACUUUACGAGUUCACACUCGGGCUUGUGGAGGAUCUACGAAGGAACAAAUGGCAGUUUUCAUGACAUCUCCUUCUACACAGAUACUUCAGAGUUCAGUGAGCAGGAAAAACACCUCUUAAACCUGCACAAGAUCAUUGUCAUCUUGCUGCCUCUCAGCCUGGUGCUGCUGAUUUUCGGGGGCAUCUUCGGCCUGGUGGGAUCUCUAGCCCGCAGUUAUACACUCCUCACUGGUGUGGCUGUGUACUUCCUCAUCUGCAGCCUCUUUACACUCUCCGGUGUGUGCAUCUACGUCAGCUACUCUCAGCAGGCUUUGGAUGAGUUGCGGAGGGUGCUGAGCGCUGAGUUGCUCGCCCACAUACACAUGUCCUUCGGCUGGUCCCUGGCCUCAGCUUGUCUCUCUUAUACGCUGGAGGUGGCCUGUGGCUUCCUGCUCAUACUUGCAGCACGUCUCACUUAUCGUCAGCUAAACCAUGAAUCUACCGCUGCUUUCUCUAUGUCCUAGAGACACCACGGUGGAAGCGCAUUUUAUCACUGUGUUUGCAGCAGAGCUUUCAUACAACAACCUGACUUGAAAGAAGCAUGUGGAGGUAAGAAAAAAGACAGAAGGAUUAUCUAUUUUGAUUCAGUUUAAUGAGUGUGCACCUGUGUUCAUAUUUCAGAAUAUUUCAGAGCGAAGUUUUAGGAGGUUAGUUUUAAAAAUGCAUAUUUUAUUCAUUUUGAAGCUGCUGGAUGUUGGCAAUUUGCGUAUUAAUGGCUAUGGUAGCAAAAUUCUAUUUUAAGCUACAUACUAAAAAAGCAUCUUGUUGUGAUUAUGUCCUUCUGCUCUGCAUGGAUUAAUCUCACAGCUGCAAAAGCCAAUUCAGUACAUGCAGAGAGAAUUAAAGCCUAUAUGCCAAACUGCAUUUCACACACUACAUAACAUAUGUAUAUAGUAAUGACACGUCCGGUGUACUGACAUUCUGUGUAUUAGUGUUUAAGUCACGGGUUUUCAUGACUCUGUUAUUGUCUGGUUAUGAUCUGUAAUCCAUCUCCUCAAUAUUAUUGAAGUGUUAUGAUAAUACCAAAAUUUUAUUUUACUAAUACACUUUAGUCUCUCCAGGAUUUCUGAGUUGUUUUUUUUUUUUUUGGCUAAAAUGCUUGAUUUUGCUGCCGUGUUUUUGUGGUGGGGGUUUUUGUUUGUAUUUGUUGAAUUGGCAAAAUUACAAACACUUUUAGCACUCCUAAAAGUUAAGAGACUUUCUAUGAUAGAUGUAUUCAUGUUAUAUACCUGUGGCUCAACGAGGGCUUUGGCUGAAUGCCUGUUUUGAUGAUGUCACACGACGCAUCUUCGCCUGAAUCAAUGGAAAAUCUGCUGACAAAUUGCAGACGCCUCCAAAUA